AUGGUUAAGACAGUGAACUUCUUCGAGUGCUACAAUCCUACAACCGGUGCCCAAAGAUUGGAACUUCCAGCGGUGUUUAGGUUACAAUUACAAGGAGAUCUACCAGAAAGGGCAUUCCUUCGAGUUUGUUAUACAAAUCUAUGGCCUAUAAAAAUGGCAAAAAUUGGUAAUGACUGUUUUUUUUUGGAUGGCUGGGAAAAAUUUGUUGCAGACAACUCUUUGGAAUUAGGAGACAUCCUUGUGUUCCAAUACGAUGGGGACAAUUUAUUUGAUGUCAAACUAUUAGGGUUGUCAUGUUGUGAUAAGGAGGGUCUUGGGCAUUUCCAUAUGAGUGUUGAGGAUAAGAAUGAAGAUGGUCAAGCAGAAGCAGAGCGAGAUGAAGGUGAGGAGGGUAUUCAUGACAGUGAUGACAAUGCCGAAGUUUACAAGGAGAUUAUGGAAGUCCGAGUUGAGGAUACUGAAGAUGAGGAUGACACUGAAAAAUUGAAUAUGCGACUCAAGAAGAUGGUGAAGCAGAAGCGGAACAAAUGGUUGAUGGUCAUCAACGUCCUCUCAACUCUUAUGGUAAUGACAUUUUCAAUUCUAUCUAAAGCCAAAUAUCAAGAUGGUCAAGACAAUGAACUUCUUCAAUUCCUACAAUCCUACAACCAGCUCAAGAAGAUUGGAGACGUCCUCGUGUUCCAAUACGAUGGGGACAAUUUAUUUGAUGUCAAACCAUUAGGGCUGUCAGGUUGCGAUAAGGAGGGUCUUGGGCAUGUCAAUAUGAGUGUUGAGGAUAAGAAUGAAGAUGGUCGAGCAGAAGCAGAGCAAGUGGUUGUUGAUGGAGCUAGCAAAGAGGAUGAUGUUGAAAGCAGUGAAGACCUGUAUUACAUGGAGUCAGAGGAUAAUGGUGAGGAGGGUAUUCAUGGCAGUGAUGACAAUGCCGAAGUUUAUAUGGAGAUUGUUGAAGACGAAGACGAAGACGAUGAAUAUGAGGAUGGCAAAGAGGAUGACAAUGAAUACAAUGAAGAUGUGACUAAAGUACAUGGUGAAGCAGAAGCGGAGCAAGUGGCAGACGGUCGACCAGGUCAGCGUCAUCUCAACUCUUAUGGUAAUGACAUUUUCAAUUCUAUCUAA